AUGAACGGGGGUGGGGCUGAGAGGAAUGGUCUUGGACAUUGUCCAAACGUCGUCGUCGUCGUCCAACACCCGACAUUCGAAGUUGGCAACCUGACAUCAAGUGAAGUGACAGUGCCUGUGGAUAAUCUAGAUGCGGAUCUAUCGGUACCGAGUAUUGAAGUUUUAUCUUCUACCGAAAUUCUAGAAGAAUCUGCUUAUCCCGAUAUUUCUGCCAGUGAGGUUAUCUCUGCUGAUGCUGAGCCCAAUGUCAAACUGGAAAAUGUUCUAACUACAAAUAAUGUGCUUAAUGUGACCAACAAUGUGACCCGUAACAACGAGAGUGGAUCUAGUGAAGAUGACAUCCCAUCAUUCAGUGAAUGGACGUUAAAGGUGUUGGCGGAGGAAGAGAAAUCAGGUGCAAACGGAAGUACUGGUGUGCAAACCCCUGCUAAAUUAUCUAAAGUGGGCAUUGCCAAUUUCGAGUUAUUUUCAUCCUCGCCGAAGGAUUUCCGCGUUUACAUUAGCGACCGUUAUCCAACUCGGGAUUGGGCUUUGAUUGGUCUGUUCACCGCCGCUGAGGUCCAUUCAAAGUUUCACACUGGAAAGGCAGCUCCUUGGCAAGUGGAAUUGGUCAGUCACUAUAGCAAGGAACAUUUUUGUCCCAUCUCACUUUUUCACGUCUACGGUAACAGCGAAUACGAGGUGCUAGACAAUGAAGAAGAUUCCCGGACGGGAUAA